ACACCUCCCUCACGCCUCACUUCCUUUUCGAACGCUACCGCACUAGAUUCUAUUGGCUGUUCGCUGACCAAUGAUGACACUUAUGGGCGGAGCUAGAAGAGAACUAUUAGCUGCAAUUCAGCUGUUUUCCCGCGAAAUAUUCUGCAGCGCUAACUAUGGAAUCGGAGACACUGAAGAGACUGGCGCCCAGGCUGGGCAUCACCUCCGCCAGAGUCCUGGGGUGAAUCCAAACUAUUGCUCCCUGUUAUCAACCUCUUCAGGCUGGGAUAAUGACUGUCUUCUGCACUACUCACUUUGAAAGCAGAAGAGUUCCUGCGCCUUUCCCAGGUGAAAUGUACUGGGCUGUCGGCCCUGACUACAGCCACCAGUAGUGCAGUCAUGUGUCUUCAGCUUGCAGCCACCUCAUUGCAUCAUCCUAUAGACAAGGACUAUCUGGUUCAAUUAUCUGGACUUAACAAGAAGGUUUAUCUGAGCUGUCUGAAGUCAUUUGAGUGCCUGCUUGGUGUAGAUUCAAAGUUGAGCAUCAGGGACCUUGCAGUACAGUAUGGUUGCAUGGAGGCUGUAAAUACUGCAUCUAAAAUCCUUAACAGGUAUGAGUCUAGCUUACCACAAGCUCAGCAGGAAUCCCUUGAGUUAUCCAAACCAUUAUUUAUCACGGCUGCUUUAUAUGCAGCAUGCAGGUGCCUAAAGUUGAAAGUGGAAAAGAACAAAUUACUUGCUACAUCGGGAGUGAAGAAGGGCAUAUUUGAGCGUCUGUGCAAUCAGCUGGAGAAAAUUGGAGCACAAGUCUGCCAGGAAAAUGCAGCAAUCACACAGCAACCACGCAAAAAGCAGAAAACCUUACUAGAAUGUGUUGUAAAAGAUGAAGCAUCUGAUGAAGAGGAUGAAGAUGAGGAAAUCCCACGUAAACAUGUCUGCACCGAGGCAGAAAACAAGGAGAAGGAUUAUGAGGAGUGGAAGAGAAGGAUAUUAGAAAAUGCAGCCAAAGCUGCAAAACCUGAAUAGCCUUCAAGGGCAGGGAUGUAACCGUCUCAAAUGGACUAAAAUGACACAUGUUUGGACCGCAAUUAUCUUGGAGGGAACAUGGUUUUACCUUUUUGUGGCCACAUAGCAAGGAGUUGUUGUUUAUUAAUUUCUUACAAUGACUACAAUUGCAUCUGGUGUGGUGAAUUUCAGUGCAUUUACUAUAAAACAAAUGCAUACAUGACGAAGCAAUGUGACUAUACUUUACACAGAGACUUGCACAUGUGAACACCCAUGUGUUUUUUUAAAUUUUUAUUGUUCCCUGGUUCUAUCAUUGCUAAACAAACUAAAGCCAUUCUAGAAGGGCAGGUGGCUGCCCGAUACAACAUCCAGUAUAGUAGAUUGGAGCUCAUUAAAGGGAUAUAUAAACAAGAGCUCAUUUGUGCAACCCUUUACUUACAACAUUGUUGUCCCCACAUCCCCUGUUUGUAUAGGGAGAUGCAUCCAACUAACUAUGAAGGUCAUUGCUUGUUCAUCGGGUGAUCACUGAGUUUUUUUACAUGGAGCAAUAAUAAGCCUUUUCAGCUUUUCAGAGGAUUGGCUCAUGUAAGUAAAUGCUAUGCUUUUUGUGUAUUUGCCAUCUCUGCUCCAGUUCAACAUAAAUGAUUCACUGCUCAUUUCGGUUCAGAUGUUACCAAGCUGCUAUUUGAGUAGAAUAGACAUUUUAAUUUUUAAAUGUUUUCUAAUUUGUCAGAAUAAAUGUAUAUAAAGGGGUUUACUAAAGCUUUGCUUA